AUGAGGCCCGCUCGGAGCUCUGUCUUCAGACGGCGCCGCUGCCCCCCGAAUCCCCUCUCGCUGGUCCUACGCAGCCUGGUCCUGGUCCCGCUCCUUCUGGGCUUUGCUCCUUGUUGUCAGGCAGUGCAGGCAGAAAAUGUCACCGUCUUGGAGGGUGGCACGGCCCAGAUUUCCUGUCGGCUGCAGAACUACGACGGAUCCAUUGUGGUCAUCCAAAACCCUCGCCGGCAGACGCUCUUCUUCAAUGGAACGCGCGCCCUGAAGGAUGACCGCUUCCAGAUGGUCCUUUUCACGCAGCGACUGGUCCGCAUCACGCUGACCAAUGUGAGCGUCUCGGACGAGGGCGGCUAUUUCUGCCAGCUCUACACGGACGCCACGCACCACCAGGUGGCCACGUUGGCCGUCCUGGUUCCUCCGGAGACGCCCGUUGUGGAGGUCAAGCAGGAGGCCGUUGAGGGUGCCGAAGCGGAGCUCAGCUGCGUGUCGCAGCGCAGCAAGCCUGCCGCCACCCUGCGUUGGAUGCGCAAUGGCCGAGAGAUUCCAGGUGUCGUCUCCCAGCAGGACAAUGGCAAGACCGUCAGCGUAUCGAGCACCAUCCGCAUCCCUGUCGAGAGGAAGGACAACGGAGCAGCAUUGAGCUGCGAAGCGUUCCACCCGGCGCUGGGCAACCUAAAGAGGAUCAGACACUACCGCCUGGAUGUGUUCUUUGCACCAACCGUGAGGAUCAUCCCUCCUCCUGGCAUUUUGCGAGAAGGCGACUCGCUGAUCCUGUCUUGCUCUGUCGUCGCCAACCCUCUACCUAGGUCCAUCCAUUGGUCCAAGAUCAAUGACACCUUACCCGAGCGGGCCGAGAUCUCCGGGCCCACCUUCCAGAUUUCCCGCCUGAGCCAGUCUCAUAACGGCACAUACCUGUGUCAGGCGCAAAACAACUACGGGCGAGCUGCUGAUCACUACACCCUGCUGGUCUACGAUAAUGUGACAUUCCCAAGCAUGGCCCCUUCCCCCCCAACUUCCCAUCCCAUCUCCAGCCCGACCCGAACUGGUCCGCGGGUAUUAAAGCCCGACCCGCGUUUUGUUGACACUGACGAUCCCGGUGCAGUGGUGGAGACUCAUAGCGCCGUACCCUACGCGGUGAUCGGAGGCGUUCUGGCUCUACUGGUUUUCACCGUAAUUUGCGUGCUCAUCGUGACCAUCUGGUGCUCUGUGCGCCAAAAAGGCUCCUACCUUACCCACGAGGCCAGCGGCUUGGACGAACACGGCGAAGUGCAGGAGGCCUUCCUCAACGGCAAUGAUGCCAGCCAGGGCAAGAAGGAGUACCUACUGUAG